AUGAAAAAUACCAAAACCGUUCUUCUACAUCUUCAUUUUUGCACAUUUUUAUUAGAUAUUAUUGUGGAUUUUUUGGUGACUCCUUAUAUUUAUCUACCAACUUCUGCUGUUACACUAUGUGGAAUUCUUUAUGAAUAUUUGAAUCUGCCAUUCAAACCGCUUUGUUAUUUUGGCCAGCUAUCUCUGUACUGUAAGUUAUAUAUUCAGAUGAUAAAAUUUUCAAAAACUCCAGAUAAUUUUUGCAGUAAUGGCAAUGUCAAUGGUUCGAUUAUUCCAAACACGUCAUAGUAUAAUUGCAACUAUCAAAUAUAAAAUGAAUAAAAAACUAACUUUACUGAUUUACUAUACUUAUAUGUAUUUAUUUGGAAUAAUCACUAUGAUGCUAUAUUUUUUUGAUGAAACACCAACAAAAACUGCAAAACAAUAUUUUCUUCAAAUUUAUCCAUGUCCGCCAAUUGAAUAUUUCGAUGACCGAACUUUAGUUAUAACAACCGAUAUAUUUGCGGCUGUUUUUUGUAUGUCAGUUGCAACGUUUCAUGUCGUGGCACAUGGAUCAUAUUUUGCAAUCGUUGGAGCUUAUCAUCUUUUGAAAGUUCCAUCAAGAAAUCUGUCACAAAGAACAAAAAAGCUUCAACUAACAUUUCUGUAUAAUGUAUCAAUUCAAGUUGCAAUUCCAUUUACUGCAAUCUUUAUACCGAUAUCGAUUUUUGGAAUGAUGUUAUUUUUAUCAACAUACAGCCAAAUUAUGAACAAUGUGAUUAUGCUAACAAUAUCUUUUCAUGGUUUAUUAUCCAAUAUUUCACUUAUAUUUUUACACAAACCAUAUCGAGAUUUCACAUUUGGUUUAGUGCUCAGAAAAAAGUCAAAGAUUGAGAAGAAUUUAUCAUCUGUCAGCACUAUUGUUAUUGUUGAAAAUCAGGCAUCAAGAAUUUCAUUUCGAUGA